AUGCUCGAGGGCAACAUCACCACUCUUCAAAACAUGGUUGACCUAAUGGCCGCUAAUAUGGCCGAGAUGAUGGCCUUGCUCAGGGGGCCGAAUCGCGCGUCUUCGAGCUCCACCCUUUCUCUCGCACGCGGGCCAACUGUCGACCCCGCUCCUUGGGUUCCGCCAACCCAUACAUCAGAGGGCGACAUAGCGGCCGCCCUAGCACCGACAAUUAUCCCAGUGCCCACUCCUCAUUCGACGCGCACGCCGGUAAUUCACCUGGUCGACUUCUGCCAUCCUCAGUCCACCAUUCCAACAGCCGUCUCACUUCCGCCCAUGACGAUUCCCGUGCCGGAUCCGGUUAUGUUCGUACCAUCUCUCGUGUCCGUGCCAGCUCCAGCUAUCGUUUAUACUGCUCCUCCGCCGAUGGGCUUCCCAGCAUCGAGCGCCCCUGUUCCUGUUCACACAACUGAGCCUUUCCCUUACCAAGCUCCACAACCCCAUAUCAGCCUCCCCUACCAAGCUCCACCUCCCAUAAAUAUUACUUUCUCCGAACCGAGCACACCAACUCAAGCGGCCCCCAGAGCUCCACCCACAAAUUUCUUUCCCGAAGCGGAGACCGAACAUGAGAGGAGAAUGAAGAAGAUGGAAGAGACUAUCAAGGCCCUCCAAGCUAGUGAUCCCCGACAUAGCACCAGUUAUCUAAAUUCGACUCUCUUUCCAGGGAUGCAGCUACCCGCGAAGGUCAAGGUACCCGAUUUUCAGACGACGGAACUAAAGACCCGCGACACCAUCUCCGUCAUUACCACGGGAAGAUGCUUCAAUACUGGGACUACGAACAGUUCGUCAUCGCGACUUUCCAGGAGAGCCUGUCAGGACCGGCGCUUAAUUGGUUCAUAUCUCUUCGAGCGGAGCACAUCCUUUCCUGGACCGAACUGGCCAGGAAGUUCGUUGAGCAGUAUUAGUAUAACAUGGAGACACCUCUAUCCUUCCUCGAGAUGA